UUACAGAACUGAGUGAUAUGGGAGACGAAGACGAAGACGAUAUGGCCUAUGAGUGGGAGGAGGUGACAAGAAAGCACCGAGCCCUGGCAGGGCGCCUGGAGCAGCUCACCGGAGGGAAUGCAGCAUCCGGGUCUUCCAAGGGGACCUUACGGGCGGCCUCACCUGUCCAAGGGCUUGGAAUUGCAUGAGAGGAAGUUUGUCCCUGUUCAUCUGACUGCGUCUGAUACCUAGUAAGCGUUCUUACUUGCUAAAAGGAAGUAAAUCAGGACUCCGGUUCGGCGCGCUAGCCGUAUGGGGCACUAGCGGCGGGUGCCGUUUGACCUCCGCCGGUCGUUGUCUGGACCGCCGGCUUCCCCGUCCGUCAUCUUUCCUCUCUCUUUCUUCUCUCCCUCCCUCCCUUCCCUUGUUUCUUUCAUCUUCCCUUUUUUUCUUUUUCUUUUUUUUUAUUCCCUCCCAGAUCCGGGACAUUCUUUUUAUAUAUAUUAUGUUCUUCGUUGUUUCUGUACAUUUUGAAUGUCUGUCCUAUAGCCCUCUGAUCGGUGCUGGUCUGCCGGCUACCCUCGUUCCGUCGUCGUCUUCAUUGCCGUCUCUUGUGUGACGUCCAUCUCCCUUGCGUACGCACGACCUGUCCAUACUCACACCAAGGAAUGAAAGUCUCCUUAUAGUCGGUGUGGAUAAACAAGUCAUUGAACAGCAACUUGGGGAUUUCACUUCACCCACCGUGGUUAAACCUUCUACCGAUGGCCGCCCCCGCUCUCUCAACCGGAUUGAUCGAUCCUACCAAACAGGCCGAGUACCCCAUUAUUUUGGGUGACAGGCUCUCAGGUAAAAAUGGCACUUCACUAUCAAAGCUGGUCAAUAUCCAAUAUAAUUAUAAGACAAAGUCCGCGACCGCACAACAAACCAUUACCAGGUCGUCGCAGUCGAGAGAUCACUACAACCUUACCAUUACGGAUAAAGCACCGAAUGCUGAACAGAACACCUUAACAUAUUCUUACCAAGGCAGCGUUGACCCAGACCAAGCUGUUUCAGAAGCCGAAGAGCGAAACCUGGUAUUGGUGUUCGACUCCCAUCGCAAGGCCUUUGUGCUGGAACCGGUUGCGGCGCAGCUCAACUUUAACCUCCGCUCAGCUCCAGCGAAAACGGAGAAGCAAGUGCUAGAAAAGUAUGAACAGCUUCGGACUUUGCAGGAGGACGACCAAGGCUCAGGAGACGAUCGGGGUUCAGACCAUGCCAGUGGGAACGAUGAUGGCCCAGCGGAUGACAGUAAUCCAUACGACUUCCGGCAUUUCCUUCCUAAGGAGAAUGCCGACGACGACAAGUCGAUCUCAGACAAUGCUACACCAGAACCUCAUUAUAACACAAGUAAAGCCAAUACCCCAUUAAUGCCUGCGACUAUCAAACCCACACCGAGUCCAAAGCCUAGCCCCAAGCCUCGCCCCAAAACCCAGUCCAACCCUCUUCGUCUCCCGAAGCCUGUCAAGUCGGCCAAGCAUGACAGCGUAGGGACCCCUAAGACAAGCUCCAGGCCUAUACCUCGCGAUGAGGACGUGAAAGAGAAGGCUCCUGCUGAAGAUGACACAAUCGAAGCAGCCAAAUCCCCAUCCUUCGAAAAUGGAAGCAGCGCUUUGUUAUCCCAACAACCAGCUCCUUCACCCGGGUCUAAUAUCAUCAUUGACGGAGACCUUAUCAUUGAUAUGGGCUCACCGCCACCUUCUCGCCCUGCAUUCCGGAUUGACCCUGCUCACUUCUCUUCCAAUAUUACACCAGCAAAUGAUGAUGACGAUGAAGAUGAGGAUAUCGAGGAUCUCCGGUUGCCCUCCCCUGCUAGGCACGGAGGGAUACCUGCUCGUUCCGGAAGGGUAGAGCCUAGUCGCAACUCACAGGCUGAUGAAGAUGAAGUUGAGGACGAUGACGCUUUAGCGGCAGAAAUGGAGGCUGCAUUUGAAGAAAGUGCUCGGGAAGAGGAGGCCAGGAGUCAUCAGUCAUCACACCAUUACAAUGCUCCUAGUGAUGAUGAGAGUGAAGUCAGCGAGGAAGAGUAAUUCUCCCUUCUUUAUCUUUGAAUUGUUGGAAUAAUUGUGUGUGUGUGUGUGUGUGUGUGUGUGUGUGUUUUCCGUCUUUCAAAAUCAUAUAUAAGCAUGGCGUUCGUUUGGAGUUUGGAGCGGAAUAAUAAACUCAAUGGAGUUUUACAAUUAUUGAUAGCAGUGAUACCACCUAUUGCAUCCCAACUUGUAUAGAGGAUUUAGGAUAGUUCCAAUACCAUUAUGUGUAUUUCGAGUUGGAUUGAUGCAUGUAAAUGAGUUG